AUGCUCUGGCCAACGACACAAGGCAUAAUCGUCGACCAUUCAUCCCUUCCUACUGGAGAACAGUCAACCGCAUCCAAUCCACACGUGGUGCAUGUCAACGUCAAUCUUUUGACAAUUCCAAUUGCCCCCGACGAGGGCCUCACUGACACGUUCCCACAAAGUUCGGGUAUCGGGAAUGACAGUACUCUCCAAAAUUCAGCAGAGGGUCUAAACGAACGCUCGCGCUUAUCCAGCGCAAUUGUUCCCGCACAAACAACAGCAGUGCCCGAAGAUAUUUGUCUGCUACCCAAACCAACCACUCUGCUCUUUGAUGACACUCAAGACUUGUUUCAGCCCCUUGGUUUCAUCGACUUUGAACUGGCAAUAGACGGAGUCAGCAAUGAUUGCUAA